AACUUAGUUCACUCUGUUCGUAACAGAUUCUAAUUUUGUGAACAGAAAACUGUGCUGAGAUCAAAUGUUUAGUCGAUGAGAAAAUGUGAAGAAUCUCGGCCAAAAUCCAUCGAGUUCCAUCUUAUUUCUCCCACUGCGGGCCACUGGGCUUCCUCUCACUACCACAUUUGAUGAUUUGACAUCGUUUUUUCCAAAUUUGGUAGUGAGUGGAAACGCCAAGCGGAUGCUUCACAUUUUCACAUCCGGUGGAACAUCUGUCUCAUUGUUCUAUCUGUGUCUCAAUGGUUCCCAGUUGUUCCGAACGCGACAUGUCUCAAGUGUUUGUUUAAGAUCCAACCGGCGAUGUCACGCAUCUAAAUGUACAUUUGUGUAAACGGUGUAACAACAGUGUGGGUGUUUUGCAGCAGAGGAGAAUCAUCAUGAAGACUCUGCUGGUGUUUGACUUCGACCACACCUUGGUGGAUGACAACAGUGACACCUGGGUCAUUCAGUGUAUCCCGGACCAAUGCCUGCCAGACCUGGUCAAGAACUCCUACCAGAAGGGACUCUGGACAGAGUACAUGGGCAGAGUCAUGUCCUAUAUAGGAGACCAGGACAUCAGCCCCGAUACAAUCCGCAGUGUGAUGGAGACAAUACCGUUUACAGAUGGAAUGAUUGAACUGUUGGCGUUCAUUGUGAGUAACAAGAACGACAUUGACUGCAUCAUUAUCUCAGAUUCAAACACAGUGUUCAUCGACUGGAUACUGCAGGUGGCCGGGGUUCAAGACGCGGUCGACCAAGUCUUCACCAAUCCGGCUGCGUUUGACACGCGUGGCUACAUGGAGAUAGAAUGUUACCAUUCUCACCAGUGUAGCCAGUGCCCUGUCAAUCUGUGUAAGAGGAAAGUGCUGGCUGAUUUCCUAGCAGGGCAGUUGAAGGGAGGGGUAGAGUAUCAGAGAACUUUCUAUGUAGGGGACGGAGGGAACGACCUUUGCCCUUCCAACAGUCUAAGGGAAGGAGACGUGGUGUUCCCUAGAAAGGGUUACACCUUAGAGAGGCUGCUCUCUAGACAGAGGGCACAACAAGGAGAGGGUUCAUCCAACCCGAGAGUCGUAGGAUGGACAAGUGGAAAAGAGAUCCUGAUGGAACUGAAAGCAUGUGUUCCCCUGUAGGGUGCAGCUCUUUCUCAUACUAAAUGAAGUGUACUUGCAACGAUUAAAAAGUAACCCAAAUGCUUGCGAGGGAAGGAUUGUGAUUGUGUCUUUGUCCUGUUUUGAAAAGUUUUUGAAGAUCAUAUUUUAAAUGAGCGGGACUGUAUCACAUCAUUCUCUCAGGUUCAGAUGCAAAUGAAUGUACAUCUUUGUGCUUAUUUUUGUCUUUAGCAAAUGUAGAGAGAUACAGAACCCAAUAAACAGAAAAGGAAAAAACAAAUCACACCUGUAAAUUACAUGUUAUAACUGUUUAUCAUGAAAUAUAUAUUCUAGGAUGUACAGUCAAUAAAAGACAUUGGCAUCACUUUUUACUAGGGCACUCUCUAUGUGCAAAAUGUAUUACCAGUCCUGUGUAUUAACAGUGCAAUUAUCUGUUGUCUCUACUAGGCUCUAUUGUGAGUGUUAUUAUAUAAAUGGCCGAUUACUGCUUCAGCAGUGCCGUUUCGUGGACCGUGACCCCGUCUCCCUGCCUCCCAAGAUAACCCUCUGUCUGUCCCUUUGUGUCAAUACGCUGAUAGUAGGACGAGGCGCGGUGAAUGUGAUUGGUCGAACACUGUUAUUUGCGGCUGGUAAGAUUAUCAGAGACGCUGCUGUCUUCGGCUGAGAUGCUCUUGUCACAUCAGCUGAGCGCCUGCCCCGUCAGCCUAAAUAGAUAACGAAACUAAAUAGCGGAAUGUCCGGCGUUUAUUAGAUUGGUUGGUUUACAAGGGAAUUGGGUAUAAAUAAGGAUUUAUAACAGAUGGCGUGUGAUGCGGUUUGACUCGCUCCAAACACAGAGGAUGCUUUAACAACAGGACAAGAAACCAUGUCGAGCAGGUAGAUGUGUGGCUGUUGUUCAGUGAGCUGUGUUAAUGAUCUUCACUCGGGACUAUUUACAUUGAAUAGUAUUCUGUCAAGUGUAUGUAGGUCCUAUGUGAAUCCAUUACAUUGUGUUUUAAAUAAGACGACUAAUAGAUUACAUGAUCAAAUACUCUCUGGAUCCAUUGCAAAACCAUGUAUGUUUACUAUCUGUGCUCAGUUCAUCGUUUUUUGCAAGGUGUUGCUGCUUACAGUAUUGCAAAAUGUUCAUUAUGCAAUGUUUUCUGUUUUAGCAAUAAACCCAAUUUGAUUCUA